CUCCAUCUUCCUUGCGCAAACGCCUUUUGCUCUCGCUAAAUGGAUUAUGAGUCCUCGGGUACUGUGAGAGACAUGUACGCCGAGUGUGUUUGAUGCUCCGCGCCUUCGUUCGCUACAAGUGGCCCAUACAUCAUCGCCAGUCAGCGAGAUUCCAAUGCACAACCACAGAUGAUCGUCAACCAUAAUGGAGGGGUCAAAACAAACGAAUGGGACCGCGCCGCACGGUGAUCCGUCGCAACAGCUUCCCAACACCGCACGCAAGCUCCGAGCGCCGACGGUGCAGGAAGCCCUACCCUACACCCCGCUUAGCUCCAUCGUUCCCUUCACUCCAGAUGUCAUUCCUGCCCCUCUCGCCCUCCCUACCCUCACCCCCGCCGUCUUGCAGAGUUCCGCCGACAGUGCAAACGCCAAGAAGCUCUUACAUGACCUCAGCAGUGGAGCCACGAGUGCUGAAACAGCAUCCAAGCGAGUACAACAAACGCUGAAAGAUGUGCAAAAGCUGCUGGACCCGGCCAGCCUGACGCAAUACAAAUUCAAGCGGCUACCACCUCAACCUUCGAACAAAGCAAACAAGGACACGACAGUCCCGAAUCCACCUCUGUCUUCCUUCGCCAAGAUGGUGCUGGACAACACCAAAGUGUCGUAUCGCUAUCUCACCCCAGAGUCCGAAGCGGAGUCUAGAAAUGCCACCAAUGGCACUGGAGUCAUACCUUUGCCUCAUUCCUGGAACAUCAAAAAACAAAGCAGUGGACACGUCGCACCCAGCAGACCACAAACGACACCUUCAUCAUCUCAGCAACGCAAAGUGGAGGCUAUCAUUCCUCAGACCCUCACACCAUCACAGCGUGCCGAGUUCCAGCGUCUGGCGGAUGUGAGCUUCGAUCAUGCAAGGCCGAUGACAACAGAUCAGAGACAGAAGGGCGAUGCCGCAGUACAGAAUCUCCAAAAGCUCUUGUCGGAAGUCUUCGACGCGGAGGAUGCGCCAACCGAGUCCGAUCAGCAAGCUACACCCAACCCCGUCUUUGUCGUUCGCGAUACUGGCGAUGGCUCAGUGACGAUCUUGGCGCCGGAAGUGCAGGCCCGCUUGGAUUCGUCAAUUUCAAAAGUCAUCACGAGUGGGAGGUUCCAUGACAUUCAGAUUGAUGAUCUCAUGCACGUCCAAAAGAUAUGCGAGGUUCCGGUCUCUACCGUCCAAAAGCUCUCACUGCUGGUCUCGAGUGGCUGGAGCGAAUCGGAGGAAGAAGACUGGGUAUCAAGACUCGGCAUCGCCGAAGUCGGUUUGAUCGCCUCGAGAACUUUGAUGCGAACCAUGAGUGCAGGGGCUCACUUCAAGGAGCUUCAAUCCGAAGACUUUGUAUCUGAGUCCCUGGAUGUCCUGAAAGCGGUUAUCGAGCGCUGCGUCAUACCAAUCAUUGAGGAGCCGCCGUUCGCAGGAGAGAAGAUCCGUGGAGAGAAGAACCAACCACCAGCGAAUCCAAAGUUCCAGGCCGCCAGGGACAAUCAAAACGCACUUGUAUCGUUGAUCAAUGCGACAUCGAAGAGCGUUCGACUGCUGGGAGACCUCGUUGUGAAGAUCGACCUCGACGAUGCAUCGAUUUCCAGAGUGGAGUACUUAUGCAAGACCCUCAUCUUCGCCGAAAAUGCCAUCAGCGACAAGGAAUCUGCAGUCGGAGUGCAAGUCUUUGAAACGCUGAGGCGAUGUGCUAUGGAUGUACUUGCAAAGGUCUUUACCAAGUACACUGACCAGCGGCAAUUCAUCUUUGAUGAGAUUCUCAUUUCACUCGAGAAGCUACCCGCCACGAAACAGAGCGCUCGCCAAUAUCGACUGACGGAUGCGAAGCCCAUUCAACUGGUCUCGGCUUUGCUCAUGCGGCUUGUGCAGACCAGCGCUACUAAGAGUACCGAGGCACUCAAGCUCCGCAGCAAGGCCCAGAACAACGAAGAGGAUGAAGCAGAUGAUGCAUCGGAUGAAGUCUCGGACGAGGAAGAAAGCUCCGAUGACGAGAGUGAACGCAAGGCCUCGCCGUCCAAGACUCGUGAUGCCGAUGACGAUUUACCUACCAUUGUCAGGCCACUCCACGAAGCCGCUCGAGCGAAUGCGUGGUACAUUGUCAAAGUCUUGACGCACCGUGCGGCCAAUACAUCGAAGACCAGCGACGAACCCUUCCGCAAGUUGCUGGACAUCUUUACCGAUGACUUCCUCAAUGUGCUAGGGCUGAGUGAUUGGCCGGCGGCAGAGCUACUUCUCCGAACCCUCACCAUGCACAUGAUCCAAAUCGUGGAAGGCGACAAGAGUACCGUGCCGUCACGCACGCUCGCACUUGAACUUCUGGGUACCAUGGGCUCUGGCAUUCUCGAACUUCAAAUGGCCACUCGAGCUGCUAUCAAAGCUGUGGAUGUCAAAGAGUCCCCAACAGCACGUCGCCUGGCCGACUUGGUCACUCAAUUUGACGCAGGGCAAAGCGAUGCAGCCGAACUCAUCUCGUUCGAUGGACCGUAUCGCCAUGUCAUCCACUAUCUCGAAGCGAGAAAUACCGGCGAAGAUGCGCAACUUCAGACAGCACGAGGCUAUUAUCUCAUGGAGUGGGCUUUUGCUUCCAUUAGCGGCCGGGAAGGCUCCACCGAUUCGGAUGCGAGCGAAACGCCUCGGGCAUCCAAGGAGCUGCAAGCGAAACUCAAGCAAAUGUUCGCCCAUCCGAAAUGGCUGGAAGACCAAGCUGGCUCUUUCCCUUUGACGACCUCUGAAGCACAGUUGGCCUCGAUGAUUGUGACUUUGCGAUCACCAUUCUGCAGAGCCUUCGAUCGAAUCUUCAAGACUUUGCUCAACUCGAUGAGCAGCGAGCAGUCCCGGGUCAAGAGUCGCAGCAUGGCAAGUGUCGUCGCUUUGCUCGAGAAAGACGCCAGCAUCCUCGAUCGCAAUCAGAGCGUCAUGGGCUACAUCUUCCGAGGCGCGACGGAUCCAUCAUCUCUCGUCCGAGAAUCAGCCAUGGGGCUAAUCGACAAAUGUCUUGCUCUCCGACCGGAGCUGGACGCCAGUGUCUACAGACGAGUCAUCGAGCGCACAAGAGAUGCCGGCGUGAGUGUCCGCAAGCGAGCUUUGAGGAUGCUGAAGGAGAUGUACAUGCGCAACAAGACGGCAGAAAUCCGCUCGCCCGUCUCUGAAGCAAUCAUUUCUCGCAUCGAGGACAAUGAAGAGAGCGUCAUCGAGCUGGCCCGUGCUACCAUCGAGGAGAUCUGGUUCCAUCCUUUCUACAUGCUGAAGCUUGAGGGUGAGCGCGCGAUUCAAGCCAAGCUGGCAUUCGCUUCACAAGCUGCACUCUUCAUACAGAUCGUCGAGGAUAAUGAGCGGAUGCUCCAUGUGCUUGAAGCGCUUGUCAAACGUCUGCUCACUGUCUCGAAGACUGCAGACGGCAACAAGCGAGUAUGCAAGACUUUGGUGGCGGUGCUCUUUGAAGGAGUGGUGGACAGCAACGAAAUCCCAGGCUCUCCGGGUCAGGACCAGAUCUUACGGUCAUUGACCAUCUUUGCUCGCGCAAGCCCCGACCUGUUCACGACUUCUCAGUUGGAACGCCUCGAGCCUUAUACGCAGAACCUGACGAACACAGACGAUCUCGACGUCUAUCGAUCAGUGAUUACCAUUCUGCGCAACGUCAUGCCCCAUCAGCCGAUGAUGAACACAAACACGCUCAAGAUGUUGCAGACCACUCUCCUUACCAGCGUCACCAAGCUUCAGAAGCCUGAGCUGAGGGAAGUUGCGCCAUGCCUGUGGACCAUCGACAACAUGCUCGGCGAUCAAGGGAAUCCCGAUCGGCUGCCUAACUUUAUCCUUUCAGUCAUGCAGAAGAUCUAUGGGAUGCGCGGAAGUGAUCAGACGGUUGUGGAUGACAAGACUGCGGCGACCGUCGCCAAGCUUAUGCGUAUUGCGUGCGAGUUCGGCAACGCAUACAACUUCGACAGCCACCUCGCCGACUUCCGCAAGCGGUGUACUUGGUGCACAGGUGAUUCGGUGGCGGGCAUGCUGGUGGAGACCUUGUGUCCCUUCACCAGUCCUAAGCGAGCCUUGACUCUCCGUGUUGCCUCGCUGGAAGCCAUCUGCACCAUCGCUCAGGCCUGGCCGAAGCAAUUCUUGCGUGUGGACGUGACGAAUGCGUUUGAGACGGUGUUCAAGGAUAGAAUCCCGCAGCUGGAAGAAGUCUUGCUCACUGGAUUGGAGGGCUUCUUCGUCGCUCAGGAAGUGCCAGAUGGGGGUGAAGAUGCCCCAGUGGGGAGCGGCGUGGCAACUGGGACCGAGCGACUUGGUAAGACCUAUGUCGCCUCCGACCACGAUGGCGCAUCUACCUCUCUGGCGCAACGAUUCCUGCCACACGUUCUUCGCAUUGCACUUGCGUCAUGCGACGAGGCCGCUUUCAUCGCCGCCAGGCUGGUUGUCAGUAUCAACAAGCAAGGUCUCGUGCACCCCAAGGAGAGCGCACCGGUUCUAGUGGCGCUCGAGACGUGCCCGAACAAAAUCGUCGCCACUGAGGCCUUCAAAGAGCACAAAUCACAGUUCCAGAAACACGAGGCACUGUUUGAGAAGGAGUACAUGCGGGCCGUCCAGCAGACCUUCGAAUACCAACGCGACGUCAUCGGUGAUGCUGCUGGGUACAUUGGCAGUCCUCCGACGGCGAAGUUGCAUCUCACUUGGGAGGUGCUGAAGACGGGCAAAGCCCAAAUCCGCAAGAAGUUCCUCGCCAAUCUCGCUCAAAAGCUGGAUUUGCCAUUGGCGAAGUUAGACGUGGCAGCAAGUGGUGGCUCUCAGCCUCUGGCUUUUGUCCGCUUCUGUCUGGAGAAUAUGGCGUUCUUCGAGUACGAUAAGGUGGAUGAUCUGCUGCAUCUGACGGCGAGUCUGGAGAAGAUAUUCGCAGGGACUGGAUCGACUCUCGCCCAAGCCAUCGAGAGCGAAGUGUUGCAGCUCCAAGUCGAUGCCGUUGUGGGCGCCAGCAAUAUCCCCUACGUCAACACCUCCAAACCGUUGAGCAGCUCCGAGCCUAUUCCAGCACCAACUCUGACCCCUGAUCGCCUUCUCCACCUCGCAAUGUCCUCCCAACUCCUCUGUCUAAUCUGGGAGACAAGAUCCCAUCUCCACAAAACCUGGAAUCUCCAAAAACACCUCAACAAGCCCAAAGCGCAGCAAACGAAAGACACCCAAAGCAAAACCGCCUCCCGAGCGAGCAACGCCCCCUACUUCGCCGAAGCCUACUUCAAACGCACUAAAGAACUCCUCAAACCCAUCGACUCCGCCCCGGCCGCGAGACAAAUGUGCGCCGCUUUUGUCGAACUCAUCUCCGUCGACCACGAAGUCAAAGUCGCUUCGGACGACGAUGCCGUAGAUGGUGACGACUCCUUCGCUGCUGGAGGCGGGUACGCGACGCCUAGUGAGUCUACGGAGCGCGGUUUGAGUCCUUCUGUUCCGCCUAGUGGGGGGAGUAAGGCGGGGCGUAAGCGCAAGGCUUCGGGUACGCCGGGUGGGACGCCGAAGAAGAAGGGGAGGCCUUCUUUUGGGAAGAGGAGGUCGGGUUCGGGGAGGUUUGGGGAGGGGGAUGAUGAGGAUGAGGAUGGUGGGUGGGAAUGAGGGUGAUGGUAGUAAGGGAUGGAAUGGCUUUUGCUGGUGUGAGGAAGGAGCGGGCGUGGGUUGAGAUGACCACCGGUGCUUAGCUUGGAGGGAAGAGGA